CAUUUGCCGCCAUUAUUGAAUUGGAGGCGCGCGGUGUUUUCAGGCUCCCGCCUGCACGAAUUUAUCCUCCCGAGUGUUGAUUGUGAACGGAAUUUUAAAGUAAUUAAUAACGUUUUUACCGUAUAAUUGUGACAGCGCAACCCAACCAGCGGAGCCGUAUAAAGUGAAGUCAACGGAGACGUUAAACGUCGAGACGCGUUCGUGCGAAAAUUUUGGCCUCGCAACCGUUGCAAACUUCUGCACCAGCAUCGUAAACUCGCAAAGGGGAAACAUUCUUGAAGACGCUUACGGAUGAGUUCGUCGAGAAAACGUUCGAGGCGAGCCUCAAGAGCUGCGAUCCGUGGCCCUGCAAACUCGCGUAGCGGGAACGGCGAAACGACGCCGGCCGUCGUGGCAGACCACGUGGCACCGCCAUCUCCUGGACGACUUCGCUGUUAACGUCGAAGGCGAGAAUAGUGAAACGUCAGCCUGUAGCACCUGGAACGCACGCGCGUGGCACAUCCACACGCGGUCCAGGCUCGGCCCCAGCUUCGCUUCCGAGAUCGGCCACAUUCCGGCACGGUUAACGUGAAUUACUCAGCAGCGCUCGAUCGGGGAGUAACAAUCCGUGGAAUUCUAGCCGGAGCGCUAGCCGAAGUCCCUGUUGCGUCGGGCGAUGGCGUGUUCCCGCCCCCGGAAUGGGAACUUUGCGGAUGAUCGCCAGCGGCUGCCGUGUUCCGGCCCACGGAAUAGGAACUUCGCGGAUGAUCGCCAGCGGCUGCCGUGUUCCCGCCCCUGGAAUGGGAACUUCGCGGAUGAUCGCCAGCGGCUGCUCUCGCGUCCAGAGACAAGCGGCUGCCAGCCACCAUCGUCUGCCGACGGCUCUCGAGUGAAGAACAACGCGUCAGCAGACGCCAAGGGACCACUAGUGUCCCCUGACACAGCCUUGGAGGAAUGUGUUUACACAAAGCAAGACAUUCGACUGAAAAUAUUCAUGGAUCAGCAGGCAAAAGCUAAGGCCUUGGUCCCCCAUAACUGCUUCAGAGAUGCCCAGGAAGGAGCUGCGAUUCCCAGUGAGCACCGCGCGUCCCGCAAUACGCCGGGUCUCGCGUCGCCGCUGCACUCCCUUUACGGCUGCUUGAGCCUGGCGACGGCACCGGUGCAGGCUGCAGAUCCGGAAGACAUUCCCACAAAGAAUGGCAGGAUCGUCUACUCGCGUGAGCUUCUGCUUAACUAUCUGUACAGCCCCCUCUGCUGGGUCAAGCGCUCCCUGCCCAAGUACGACGUGGUGCUUGACAAGCCGCAUGGUCAUGCACUGAAGAUCAAAGACUCGAGCUCUUGAACACUUGCACUGUUUGGUCCACACCAGUGUGCAUCGGUGUGGCGCUUUGCUUUGUCACGUUUUCCCGUAAAGGUGAAGCUUUUUUGUGGAUAAGAUUGACUCACGUUUUUUUGUGCCGUUUAGUUCGAAUCCCAUAUCCUAGUUUAGAACUGAAAAUGUACGAAGUUGUUGUUGAAAACGUAAGUUUGCCGAAUGCUUUGCUGCAACAGUUAAUUUUUUCUUGGAAAUACAAAGUGCCGUGUUUUUUUCGUUUUACAGCUACAGUUUUUUGGUAGUGGUUCUUGCUUUGUGUUUUUUUGUUGGAACACAAUUGUUUUAUGCCUCAUGGAAGUGACAAAACAUAAUAAAUGGUUUAU